UAGACUGUAUAAAAACAGGGGUGUACCUUAUUCAUGGAAGGUGUCUAGUGAGAAAGCGAAGGCGGGGUCUGUGUUCUGUGGAAGACAGCACUGAUCAACUGCAUUAGUCUACUUCACAUCACAACACAUGAGCAGGAACGCUUGAUGAUACACAGGGCUGGAUGAACUUAACUAUCCAUUUUAUUUUGAUUUUUUUUCUAUGUUUCUUUACACAUCUCAAACUUGUUUACCAUUUUGUCUUGAACAUAUACCAAUGAAAUCAGAUAAAAGGAUGCAUUUUAAUGUAGAGUGCAGAUCUCUGGCAUUAUGGCAGAUCAAAUGUUGGUGUUCUUUCACCUGCAAGAGAUGAAGAGAAAUUCAUUUGGAUAGAAAUAUUUCUAUAGGCUAUAGCGAAGGACACUGAGAAGCCAUCAGAAACAAUAAGCAGACAUGGAGACAUUUACGAUUCACGAUAUGCUCAUCAAUUCCACUGAUAUUUAUAAAAUAUUAUGUGGACUGGGAAUCGGGAAUUUGUCGGAGUGCAAAAAUGACAAUAACGCCACGUCCGAGCCAAAAGACAUGAACCAGACGGUGCGGAUCGUGCUGUAUGUGCUCAUCUUCCUCCUGAGCUUCGUAGGAAACAGCCUGAUCAUCACGGUGCUGCUGCGGAACCGGCGCAUGCGGACGGUAACGAACCUGUUCCUGCUGUCUCUGGCCGUCAGCGAUCUGAUGCUGUGCGUCUUCUGCAUGCCCUUCACUCUCAUCCCGAACCUCAUGAAGAACUUCAUCUUCGGCACCGGCAUGUGUAAAGUGGCCACGUACUUCAUGGGUAUCUCGGUGAGUGUCUCCACAUUCAACCUCGUGGCCAUCUCUCUGGAGCGCUACAGUGCCAUCUGCAACCCCUUUAAGUCCCGCACAUGGCAGACGAAGUCCCAUGCCGCAAAAGUCAUCACAGCCACUUGGGCCGUGUCUUUUCUGCUCAUGCUGCCUUAUCCGAUAGGCAGCACCCUGGUGCCUUUCAUACGCAGUAACAACAGCACAGGCAACAUGUGCCGCUUGGUUUGGCCCAGUGAUGUCAUGCAGGCCUGGUAUGUUUUUCUUUUGCUGAUACUCUUUCUGGUGCCUGGGAUCAUAAUGAUGACGGCUUAUGGCCUCACCUCACUCGAACUCUACAGGGGGAUCAAAUUUGAAAUGGCUAACAGGAAGUCAAACAAAGAGAAGGAAUACGGCACACCCAAUCUGAAAAAUGGUGACGGUGAUGGCUGUUACCUCCAACCCUCCAAGAGAAAGCGUCCCGAACCCGUGACGCCGGGCUUCACAAGCCCCAAAUCCAAACUGAGAAGGGUUUGCAGCAAUAGCCCCACAGCAAACCUCAUGGCCAAGAAACGGGUCAUCCGCAUGCUGCUGGUGAUCGUGGGGCUGUUCUUCCUUUGCUGGACGCCGAUCUUCGUGGUUAACGCCUGGCGAGCCUUUGACAGACGUUCAGCCGAUCGUCUCCUCUCAGGAGCGCCGAUAUCCUUCAUCCACCUGCUGUCCUACACCUCGGCCUGCGUCAACCCCAUCGUCUACUGUUUUAUGAACAAACGCUUCAGACAGGGCGUGCUGGCCACAUUCAGCUGCUGUAGGGAUGAUGUGGAUGAAGUGAGCAGGAGCAGCACCCGGCGUAGCGCCAGAGGAGCUGGAGGGCUGGGAACGCUGUUUGGUGGGAGCGGAAAGGCGGACGCUAACACGCAAAGCUCAGGAACGCUCACAAGGCUUACUGACACCAGUAUCCGUGGCUCAGCACAAGCAUAACUGAUGCUCAUUUAACCCUGACAUUUUCAGUAUAGGAACCCAGCAACAAGUAAAGUGUAUAGAACAGUGUCAAAAUACUUCAAAGCUUUGCAAUGUUUAGUAAAAUGACUGCUAACGGAAAAGAGAGACUGCACUGGUGAUAAAUGAGAGCGCAAGCAUGCAGACAAUGACUGCCAAUAGCACUGAAAUCCUGAUAGGACCCAGUGUUUAAUUUUAGUAGGUCGCUGUUAAAUAAACAGCAGAACCAAAUGGAGCAAGACUGUGGCCUCCAGUCCUCAUCACAGCUAUGACUUACAAACUUACAGAGACUUUAUAAGCCUGGCUCACCUAGAAGAGAGAGAGAGAGGAGAGGAAAGCAUUUGAUUUUCUUGGUAUUUUAUUUUUGUGUAUGUCACUGUCAAAGCAAUCGUCCAGAUGUUUUGAGAACAUUUUAAUAUUGCUUUAAAUACACUACCAUUCAAAAGACUGGUUGUUGAGGUUGAGAAGAUUUUUUUAUAUUUUUGAAAGAAGCCUCUUAUGCUCACCAAUGCUGCAUUUAUUUAAUUAAAAAUGCAGUAAAACAGUAAAAUGUGAAAUAUUAGUUAUAACUUAUAUACAACUUUUAUUAACAUUUGAAAUAAAAGCUCCAUAUUUUAAUGUGUUUUAAAAAACACAAAGUAGUAUUACUCCUGUUUUCAGUGUCACAUGAUCCUUCAGAAAUCAUUCUGUAUGCUUAUGUUGUAAUUUUGUUAUUUUCUGCUUAAUCUUUUUUUUUUUUUUCUUAAAACCUAUAUAUAUUAUUUUCAGAAUUCUUUGAUGAUUAGGAAGGUCAACAGAAUACAAUUAAUUUGAAAAAUAUAUAUAUAUAUAGUAGAAAUUAGGGCUGCAAGAUUAUGACAAAAGUCAUAAUUGUCAAUUAUUCCCUUGAAAUUGUAAUUGCCAUUAUUAAUUACGAUUAUUACAAUUUACAUUGAAUGAUGUUUAUACCAUUGUUUGAUGAAACUGCAUGCCAUAUUUUUAUUUAAAAAUAACAAAAAAAACUCUGUGCUUUUCUAUAGUAUUAAGCCUCAAAUAUGAAUGGUAUUAUCAUGUUAUACUAAAACAAAAACAAUGGGAAAAACCCUUAAGAUAACAUUUAGAAAUAAUAAUAAUAAAAAAAAACAUAUCUUAAGCAUGCAGAAUAACAUAAGUGGACUUUGAACGAGUAAUUGCCACUUUAAACGAUUACGUAAUUGUGCCCUCCAUAAUUGUGCAGCUCUAGUAGAAAUGUCACUUUUUCAAUGUAAUGCAUCCCUGCUUAAUAAAAAUAUGAUUAUUAUUAUUUUUUUUUCAAAUCUAAAAAUCUUAAUCACCCCAAAUGUUUGAAUGGUAGUGUAAGUAUCUGACAGCUGAGGUCAGUUCUGAGUGAAUGUUUGACCUAUGUUUGAUAUUUUGUUUGUCACAUCUGCUUUAGUAAGAACUACACAGUCAGUUCUGUUUGAUAAAUAUAUGACACACAUACUUCAAUCCACUUUGGAUUCUUUGCUUAUAACCUGAUAAACAUGUGAAUAGGUGUAAACUGUGUACGAAAUGUACCAACUGGUACUUGUGUAAUGUCCAUAUGUUGAUGUGUAGCAUUAAGCGCUUUCUUCUAGGAAAGCACACAGUGAUGUCUUUAUCUUGUGUGUUGGUUCAGCCGCACUGUUUGUACAUAGAGUCUGUCCUUAUCACUGCAUGAGACUUUUCACACCUGUUGUGCACUUCAAAGAACCCACUCAAGGCUGCUUCUGACAUCUGGGCUAUUUUCACCAGGACACGUAGUCAUUUUGUUUGUAAUAUUUGUAUAUGCCAAACUCACAUUUUGUUUUCAUUGAGAUGAAGUUGACAGCAUAUUCAUAAAAUGUUGUAUAGGAUGUUGUAGCCUAAUGCUGUUGAGAUGACGCACGUCCAAAUGCUCUCUAACACUGACUGUAUGUCUGUAAUAAUACUGACAUUGACACAUUAAACUGUGUAAAGUCUGAA